AUGCAGUCCAUCAGGAGCUAUUUCUUGCCGAGGAGUACCCCGCCUAAGAGGUCCAAACAAACAGUAGGGGGGAAUGAUGGCACAGGCCCGUCCACAAGGCCUCCAGAUGCAGCGGCAGGCGGUAAUGACCAGCCAGUUGGUCGUGCACCGGGCUUCCUGGAGCCAGGACUUAUGGCCUUGGUUGAGGGGACCAGCGAUGCAGAUCUGAUUGAGCUUGAAGCAGGGCUUGAGCAGACUGGGUUGGCUGCUGAGACUGUUGGGCAGCCUGCUGUUGUCCCAAUCCCAGUGGCAGCCAGGGAGAGGGUGCAAGCAAAGGUUCACUUGACGAACAGGGAAAAGAAAGCUCUUGUUCCCGGCAAGUUGAACUGGAGGGCAGAGGUGAAGGAUCACUGGGCGACAAACCAUCCCUGGCAUGAGAUAGUGGAAGAGGGCGUUCGCAGGAUCAGGAAGUCUGAGCGCAAGUUUGACAGCCCUUUUGCGACCACAGGCUCCAUCAACUUCAAGUCAAAUGCCCUCUCUGACCAUGCCACGUCUAGGGAGCACCGCCAAUGUGUUGAGGACCAAGGCGGAGCAGCUGUAAUGGAGAAGGCCAUUGAUCAGGCCAUCUCUUUAGAGAACCAAACAGCGAUCAACCUCUUCCAGGCUGCCUACUGGUUGGCGAAGAAGGACGUGGCUCUCGCUCAGUAUGGUACGCUCCUAGAUCUGUUGAAAGACACAGGUGCUCAGGUCCCCUCCGAGUUGUAUCAUAACAAUAAGGCAGCCUAUCAGUUCAUAGACGCAAUCGCAGAGGCAAUCAUGCAGGCGCAGAAGGAGGCACUCAAGCAGAGUCCUGUGGUGUCCAUCGGCAUCGACGAGUCGACGGACAUCAGUGUUCAUCAGCAUAUGAUCGUGUACUGCAAAUACAUCACAGCCGAGAAAAAGGUCUCCACCGUGUUCUUGGGUUUGCUGCAAGUGAACGAGACCGAUGCAGCCUCCCUUUGCGCGCGGGUCUUGGAGUGCCUGAACCUCUUUGGCAUUCCCAUCGAGAAGGUCCUUUGCUUUGGCUCUGAUGGGGCGAGCGUGAUGACAGGUGCUCAGAACGGGGUGGCGGCGAGGCUGCAAAGGCUCUUCCCCUUCAUGCUGGCCAUCCACUGCAUCGCCCACCGGCUCAACCUCGCUGCGGGGGGUGCGGCAGACAGUCUGCCCUUCGCUGUGGAGCUUGACAAGCUCGUCAAUGCGAUCGCCGCUGUCUUCUCGCGAAGCGCAAAGAAGCUGGGGGCGUUGCGCGAGUUGGAGGAGGAGCUCGGCCUUCCGGAUCUGGUGCCAACACGAAUCUUUGCGGUUCGUUGGCUGUCCCGCAACGAGUGCUUGAAGAAACUCUGCCGCGUGCUCCCCGCAGUGGUGGGCUUUAUGCAACAGGAGGACCCUGCAGCGUACAAGCAAUUGUGCAGCUUCAGGGUGUUGCAUGGCCUGCACAUGCUGGCCGACGCCACGUCUACCCUCGCCCGCCUCAGCAAGGCCUUUCAAGGGGACCAUGUGGAUCUGACGGCCAUCCAAGGCCUGGUCGAGGGUGCCAAAGUUGAGCUGGUGGAGGACUUUGCGGGUGCAAACGGACCUGCCGGGCCUCUUGGCGGUUUCCUGGCAAAGUUUUUGGAGGGUCUGGAGGGGCAGGAGUCGAGAGAAGAGCGGACGGCGCGGGAGCAGCAGCGGCAGGAAGUCGCAAACCGUAUGGGGGCGGAGCUACCGGACCUGGAGCGCAACAUGGAGAUAGCUCGGAACGUGCUCCGGCAGGGUGGGGCCAUCAACUUUAUGGAGGUGCAGAGCUACCUUGGGCAAUUCGGAGAGCUGAAGAGGCUCAGAGAGUUGGAACUGAGGGCAGCUUUGGACAGCCUACAGCCGGUGCCCCUCACCUAUCACGGUCACACGAUCGAGCUGGCGGCAGGAGAGGAGGCGGCAAGUAACGGGUUCGCCACGGCUUGGGUGGAGAAAGUAAUCUCAAACUUAGAGGCGCGAUUUGCGGAGGCCCCGAAGGUGGCAGCGUUUGGUAUCCUGGCCCCAGAUGCGGCAGCCUUUCCGUCAAACAAAGAUCAGCUUGCCACCUACGGUUUGCCGGAGCUGAAGUUGUUGUGGGGCUUGUAUUGCGUUGAGAGGGUUGUGGACGGGAAGGUCUUCGCUCCGUUCGUUGAUUGUGAUUAUGGCACGCUUAGGCAGGAGUUCCGCACUUUCAAGCAGUGGGGAUCGACCACCUUCCAGGGAUGCACUUUGGAAGACACGUGGUCGAAGAUUGCAAAGAACCCCACCUACUUCGAAUUAGUUCCGUGUUUAUUGCGACUAACGCAA